UGGUUCCGAGAAACGCCGCGGGGGCGCGUGGCGUUUAAAUGGCAUCUCGAACGCUGAUCUCAAGGGCUACUCGAAUCAAGGCGAAACUGGAAACGGCGCUGCAGGCCGCCGUUUUGGAGGUUGAGGACGUCUCCUACCAGCACGCCGGCCACGCCGCCAUGAGAGGAAUUGAGGGCGGCGCCAACGAGACGCAUUUCAAUGUGAGUAUCGUCUCCACCAAAUUCGAAGGCCACAACCUUGUAAAGCGACACCGUAUGGUCUACGAUCUCCUCUCCGAUGAGCUUCAGUCCGGUUUGCACGCUCUCUCCAUUACCGCCAAGACCCCUAAAGAAGCUGGCCUUGGUGUCGGCGCUGAUAAAGUGUAAUUAAUAGUCUCGUGAUCCAUGAAUUUUAUGAUACCGAAAAUGCCAAUGUAUUUAGCAUAUCUUGCUGCAUUCAUGUGGUGAACUGGUACUAGUUCGAAUGAAUCAUUUGAUUAAUGGGAAACUUUUGGUUGUUGUUGCAAU